AUGGACUUCCUAUCCAUGACAUUCCACCCAAACAAUGUGACUGAAUUUAUCCUCUUUGGCCUCAUGCAAAAUGAAGAAACCCAGAAAAUAUGCUUUGUCCUGUUUCUGUUCUUCUAUUUAAUCAUUGUGUUGGGCAACCUUCUCAUAGUAAUCACUAUAAUCUUCAGCACCCACUUGAUGUCUCCCAUGUAUUACUUCCUCAGUUACUUAUCCUUUGUGGACAUCUGCUAUUCCUCAGUUACAGCUCCCAAAAUGAUUUCAGAUUUUCUUCUGGAAAGAAAAACCAUCUCAUUUAUUGGCUGCAUAGCUCAGCUCUUUGGAGUCCAUUUCUUUGGCUGCACAGAGAUCUUCAUUCUUACAGUGAUGGCCUAUGAUCGGUACAUUGCGAUUUGCAAACCACUCCAUUAUACCACCAUUAUGACUAGGCGAGUCUGUGGGCAGAUGGUAGCAGCUUCUUGGGUUGGAGGGUUUCUGCACUCCUUGGUGCAAACUCUUGUCACCACCCAGCUUCCUUUUUGUGGGCCCAAUGAAAUUGACCAUUAUUUUUGCGAUGUCCACCCUCUACUGAAACUGGCCUGUACAGAUACCUAUAUAGUUGGCAUCAUAGUGGUUGCAAACAGUGGGAUGAUUGCUUUAAGCUGCUUCCUCAUCUUAGUGGUGUCAUAUAUUGUAAUCUUGGCCUCCUUGAGAUCUCAUUCUUCUGAAGGACGUCGUAAGGCUCUUUCUACUUGUGCUUCCCAUGUCACAGUAGUAAUUUUAUUUUUUGGACCAUGUACCUUUACUUAUAUACGCCCUUCUAGCAACUUCUCAGAAGAUAAGACAGUAGCUUUGUUUUAUACGGUUAUCACCCCGAUGCUGAACCCAUUAAUCUACACAUUAAGAAAUUCAGAGAUGAAGAAUGCCAUUAAAAAAUUAUGGAGCAAAAAAUGUUUUCAACAGAAAAAACAAAUUUGUAAACAGAACAUGCAUAGAAAUAAUUAA